AUGCCUACCAGUGGUCUAUCAGGUCAACAAAUAACUGGCAUUGCUUAUGAUAAUAUUAUGCAAAAGCAUAUGUGUAAGUGUGAGAAUCCAACAAUUCAUCGAGAAUCAGGCGGUCGAUUGCAGAGUAUUUGGGCAAGACUAAGAGAAGUUGGAAUACUUCGAUAUUGCGAAAAAAUUAAAACACGAAAAGCGACUACACAAGAAUUACAAACAGUUCAUAGUGAAAAGUAUGUAUCGUCCUAUUUGGAUAAAAUGCAAGUAACUGCUAAAACAGAUCAUGAUGAACUAGAAGUGGAUGUCACUGAUGUAUCGACAAAUGAUUUAAAUUUAAUCCGAUUACCAUGUGGUGGCUUAGGGAUUGAUAGUGAAACUGUAUGGGAUCCAUGUCAUACACCUAAGGCGGCUAGAAUUGCUGUUGGAUGUGUCGUGGAUCUAGCAACUAAAGUAGCCAGAGGAGAGCUACGGAAUGGCAUGGCAAUUGUUAGACCUCCAGGACAUCAUGCUGGACGUGAUACAGCAAUGGGAAGCUGCUACUUCAAUUCAAUUGCAAUUACGGCUAGCAUUCUGAAGCAAAAAUUGAACCUACGUAAAGUUUUAAUAUUUGAUUGGGAUAUUCAUCAUGGAAAUGGCACACAGAAUACAUUUUAUGAAGAUCCAAAUGUUCUAACAAUCUCAAUACAUCGAUACGAUAAAGGUUUAUUUUUCCCUGGUACUGGUGCGAUUACUGAGGUAGGAAAUGGAUCUGGAACAGGCUUUAACGUCAACGUAGCAUGGGAUAGCGGAUCAGAUGUUAAAAUGGGAGAUCCAGAAUAUUUAGCGGCUUUUAGAUGUGUGGUACUACCUAUUGCAAAGAUGUUCAGUCCUGAUAUAAUCUUAGUAUCAGCUGGUUUUAAUGCAGUUGCGGGACAAGCUCAUGAAAAUUUUAAUUAUAGAGUAUCUCCUGCAUGUUUUGCAAAUAUGACAAGAAAAUUAAUAGAAAGCAUCAAUAGCAAAAUUGUACUAGCCUUGGAAGGAGGGCACGAUUUACCUGCGAUUUGUGAUGCCUCUGAAAGUUGUAUGAGAGCACUACUAUUAAGCGACCCCAUGCCUGCUGUAUCAAGCGAAGAACGAAAUAAAGAGCCCAAUCAGGCGGCUGUUAAGGUUUUAGAGAAAGUAAUUCAGAUUCAACAAGAACAUUGGCCGCAGAUUAAGCGAAUGGCAUCGUAUACUAAAUACUCGCAAAACGAGGCCGAACGGCAUGAAAAAGAAGAAGUAGAAACAAUAUCUGCUUUAGCAGCUUUAUCUAUGGGUGUUACAAGUGAGUUUGAAAAUGUACUCAUUCAUUUAUUACAUUUAGAUUUUAAAAAUUAUAAAGAGAACUAA